AAAGAUAGCAAAAAGUAGUAAACUUCGAAUUGUUUGCAUUGGAUCGUCAACAUUAAAUAUAAUUUCGUUAUAUAUAAUUAUAAAUAAAAGCAAUGGCGGAUCAAGUGAGUUCUCCUCCUCCAGCGACGCCUAGCGAUGUUGACCGACGUGAAUUGCGUGCUGCUAUGACUUCGCCCGUUGGUGAUUUUGAACCAUUCGAAAAUGAAGAUGAAAUCCUUGGAGAUCAAACUAUACGAGAUGAGGAGGAGGAAGAUGGCGAGGAAUUAUUUGGGGAUAACAUGGAGAAUGACUAUCGUCCUAUGCCAGAGUUGGACCACUACGAUCCCGCAAUGUUGGACGACGAUGAGGAUUUCUCAGAGUUGUCUCAAGGCGAGCGACACGCAGCUGAAGCUGAAAUGCGAAAACGUGAUCGCGCUCUGGGUAUACAUCGGGAUGAUCGUGAUCUGGGCUUUGAUCACAGUGAUGACGACGAUGAUGUCGGUCCACGCGCAAAACGCCGAGCUGCAGAAAAAGCAACCGAAGGCGAAAUGGAAGACGCAGAAAUGAUAGAAUCUAUAGAAAACUUGGAAGAUACAAAAGGACAUUCUACAAAGGAGUGGGUCAGCAUGCUUGGACCUCGCACGGAAAUUGCUAAUCGUUUUCAGUCUUUUUUGCGCACAUUUGUUGACGAGCGUGGUACUUACACAUACAGGGAUCGUAUUCGUCGGAUGUGUGAGCAAAAUAAGUCCUCAUUUGUGGUGUCUUAUACGGAUUUAGCUAAUAAGGAACACGUGUUGGCAUAUUUCCUACCUGAAGCUCCUUUUCAAAUGCUAGAAAUAUUCGACAAAGUUGCAAAAGAAAUGGUUUUGUCUAUUUUUCCUACUUACGAACGAGUAACAACUGAAAUUCAUGUCCGCAUAUCAGAGUUACCUCUUAUAGAAGAAUUACGUACCUUCCGUAAACUACAUUUGAAUCAGCUUGUGCGUACUUUGGGUGUGGUUACUGCAACAACUGGAGUGUUACCUCAGCUUUCAGUUAUUAAAUAUGAUUGUGUAAAAUGUGGUUACGUUUUAGGACCAUUUGUACAAUCACAAAACACUGAAGUAAAACCGGGAUCCUGCCCAGAGUGUCAAAGUGCUGGACCAUUUUCGAUCAAUAUGGAGCAAACGCUGUAUCGCAAUUACCAAAAGAUUACUUUGCAAGAAUCACCUGGUCGCAUUCCCGCUGGUCGGAUACCGAGAAGCAAGGACGUGAUUCUUUUGGCGGAUCUCUGCGAUUUGUGUAAACCAGGCGAUGAAUUGGAGGUGACUGGUAUUUACACCAACAAUUAUGAUGGUUCUUUAAACACAGAACAAGGCUUUCCAGUUUUCGCUACUGUUAUUAUAGCAAAUCACAUUGUAGUAAAGGACAGUAAGCAAGUCGUACAGUCCCUUACGGAUGAGGAUAUAGCAACUAUUCAGAAACUAAGCAAAGAUCCGAGAAUAGCAGAAAGAAUUAUCGCUUCAAUGGCUCCUUCCAUAUAUGGACAUGAAUAUAUUAAACGUGCUCUAGCCUUGGCACUAUUCGGUGGAGAGUCUAAAAACCCUGGUGACAAGCACAAAGUUAGAGGUGAUAUAAAUUUGCUCAUAUGCGGAGAUCCCGGAACAGCAAAAUCACAAUUUUUGAAAUACACCGAAAAGAUAGCACCCCGAGCUGUUUUCACAACUGGUCAAGGUGCCAGUGCUGUAGGUUUGACUGCGUACGUUCGUCGGAAUCCAAUAUCACGUGAGUGGACUUUAGAAGCAGGAGCUUUAGUGCUGGCCGACCAAGGCGUAUGUCUUAUUGACGAAUUUGAUAAAAUGAAUGACCAAGAUCGAACAUCCAUUCAUGAAGCCAUGGAACAGCAGUCAAUCUCAAUAUCAAAAGCUGGUAUUGUAACCUCUUUACAAGCGCGCUGUACAGUCAUAGCAGCUUCCAAUCCAAUCGGCGGUCGAUAUGAUCCGUCGAUGACCUUUUCGGAAAAUGUCAAUCUUUCAGAACCAAUCCUCUCACGUUUCGACGUACUUUGUGUAGUUAAAGACGAGUUCGAUCCCAUGCAAGAUCAACAUCUGGCUAAGUUCGUAGUAAAUUCGCACAUCAAACACCAUCCAUCAUGUGAGGAGUAUGUAGAAGAUUCCCAGCCAACGGGAGUGGCUGAAAUACCACAAGAUCUUUUGCGUCAGUAUAUUAUUUAUGCCAAGGAAAAUGUGCGCCCUAAACUCACGAAUAUUGAUGAAGAUAAAAUAGCCAAGAUGUAUGCACAACUUCGCCAGGAGUCUUUUGCCACCGGUUCGUUGCCAAUAACCGUAAGACACAUAGAAAGUGUAAUCCGCAUGUCCGAAGCACAUGCUCGUAUGCAUUUGCGUGAGAGUGUUACUGAGGCUGAUGUUAGCAUGUCUAUACGCAUGAUGUUGGAGAGCUUCAUUGAAGCCCAAAAGUUCAGUGUAAUGAAGAAAAUGCGCACAGCAUUCCAGAAGUAUCUUUCCUUCCAAAAGGAUCACUCAGAAUUGCUCUUCUUUAUUCUUCGACAAUUAACACUCGACCAACUAGCCUAUAUUCGAUGUAAAGAGGGACCUUCGGCAACGCAUGUGGAAAUAAUGGAACGCGAUCUCAUUGAGCGGGCCAAACAAUUGGACAUUUUUAAUUUAAAACCGUUCUAUGAUUCUGAAAUUUUCAAACAAAAUGGAUUCUCCUACGACCCGAAACGGCGAACAAUUCUACAGAUAGUCACAGAAGCCGCUGUGUAAUCAUUCCCAUUUAAAUCAUGUUUGUUAUACUUUUAAUGACUUUACGUUCUGUUUCAUCGACCAUGUUUGGCACCUUCGGGUUCAUCAUUAUUUUAAUGCAUAGUUUAUAAUAUUACAUGUAUCCAGCGAUAAACUCGCACUUCAAGUACAACUAUCAAUAAAGUUAUAUCUUUUACAAAGAAAA